AUGCCAUACACCUACGAGCCCGUCCCCGGUCUCUUCAAGGUCACGACCUGGGAGGAGAACGUGAGUCACCCUGCGUUGGUCGUGUGCGGAGUGUCGUUGCCCCCUCUAGUCGGCCCCCACGCCUUCCCCGUCUUCAUCUCUGUCACUCUCGCUCCCACCCCAUUUCCUCUCCCGGCCCAAGUCCAGCGGCGACACGGCAAAGCUGCUAGGAAGAUUGCGAGCUAA